CAGCCGACCAUAUGCGCUAAGCAGUGACUUACACACGGCAACGAGGGGAGACGCUGCUAUACCACACACCAUGGGAAAGAAACAGAAAAAUAAAGGAGAUGACGGUGCCAAAGAUGAUGGCAUUGACAUCGAUGCCCUAGCAGCUGAGAUUGAGGGAGCUGGAGCAGCCAAGGAACAGAGCAAAGGAAAGAGCAAGAAGAAGAAAGGAGCAAAGAAAGAUGACUUUGAUGAGGAUGACAUCCUGAAAGAACUGGAGGAAUUAUCACUUGAAGCUCAAGGUGGAAAACCAAAAGAACCAGCUAAGAAAUCAGAUUCCAUAGAGGAACCCGAACCUGAACCAGUGCUGACUAAAGCCGAGAAGAAGAAGGCCAAGAAGGGCAAGCGGGCCAGCCCAGAGGAUGAGGAGGGUGAGCAAGAUCAGGGUAAGGACGACAUGGAGAACGAGAGCCGGGCGAAGGGCAAGAAGCCGUUGGAGACUCCCGCUGCUGCUCCUGCUGCUUCAGACUCUGACGACGAGGGAUCGCAACAGAGACGAAAAACCAAGGGUGGGAAAAAAGGUGGCAGGAAAGGAGCAUCUGACUCGGAAGAGGAAGAUGAAGAUGGAGGUGCGAAGAAGGGAGGAGGUGGUGGAGGUGGUGACAGCGAGCAGUCGGAUGAUGACUUACAGGCCAACCGCAAGCAGAAGAAGAAAGGAAAAGCUAAGGCGAAGGCUGACAGUGACAACGAGGAAGCGGGAGACGAUGAUGGCACCUUCAAGAUGAAGACAGCGGCGCAGAAGAGAGCAGAGAAGAAGGAGAGGGACCGGAAGAAGAAAGAAGAGGAGAGGGCCAAGAUGAGAGCUAAGAAGGAGAAAGAAGAAGAGGUGGCCAAGAAAGACCUGGCCACGGCCGGGGCCAAGGCCACAGCAGCUCCGGCCACAGCAGCUCCGCCCACAGAAAUCAAAAAGGUGGAACCGGCCGUGCCGGAAGAGCAAGAGGGUGCUGAAGGAGAAGAUGAAGGCGAGGGGGAAAAGAAGAAGAAAGACAAGAAGAAGAAGAAGGGAGAGAAGGAAGAGAAAGAGAAGAAGAAAGGGCCGAGCAAAGCUGCAGUGAAAGCCAUGCAGGAGGCUCUGGCUCGGAUGAAGGAGGAGGAAGAGCGGGCUAAGAGAGAGGAAGAGGAGCGAGAAAGGCGCCUAGCUGAGCUGGAGGCACAGAGACUAGAGCAGGAGCGAUUGGAAGCAGAGAGGAAAGAGAAGAAGAAACAGAAGGAUAAGGAAAGGAAGGAGAGACUGAAGAAAGAGGGCAAACUGCUGACCAAGGCACAGAAAGAGGCUCGGGCCAGAGCAGAGGCCACACUCCGUGCGCUGCAGGCCCAAGGUGUUGAAGUGCCAUCCAAAGACUCAGUGCCAAAGAAGAAGCCUGUUUACUCCGACAAGAGAAAAAAGAAACCAACAGCACAAACUCCUGAAGAAACCUCAGAAGUGACCUCACCUACAUCAGAGGUGGCUGAGCCAAUUUUGACAAAGAAGGAAGUGGAUGCUCCUAAAGAGGGGCCAGGGGCAGAGCCAAAGCCAGAGGCUGGUGAUUUGGAUGAUUGGGAGGCCAUGGCCAGUGAUGAGGAAAGGGAGCUGAAGAAGGUCCAUAUCGAGGUAAAGGAGACGUCAGCUUCUCAGCCAGCCCACAAACCCUCUGCUCCUGCUGAGCAGGAGAAUGGCAGCGAAGAAGAUGAGGAGGAUGAGGAAGAUGAUGAAGAGGAGGAAGAUGAAGAGGAGGAAGAAGAAGAUGGUGAGGAGGAGAGUGAGGAAGAGGAAGAGAAGGAGAGCCCAACAGCCAAGUCAAAGAGUGGGAAGGAGGUGAGCUCAGAGUCGAGUAGCGAGAGCGACUCCGAUGACGAGCGCACCAAAGAGGAGCGGCUGUACGACAAGGCCAAGAGACGCAUAGAGAAACGAAGGCAGGAGAACCUGAAGAACAUCAACCCAGACAAGCUGAGAGCUCCUGUCGUAUGUGUGCUGGGGCAUGUCGACACAGGGAAGACCAAGAUCUUGGAUAAGCUGCGGCACACACACGUACAGGAUGGUGAGGCGGGUGGAAUCACUCAGCAGAUUGGGGCAACCAAUGUUCCCUUGGAAACCAUCAUUGAGCAAACAAAGAUGGUGAAAAACUUUGACAGGGAAAACGUGAAGAUUCCAGGAAUGCUGAUCAUUGAUACACCAGGACACGAGUCCUUCAGUAAUCUGAGGAACAGGGGGAGCUCCCUGUGUGACAUUGCGAUCCUGGUGGUGGACAUCAUGCAUGGCCUGGAGCCCCAGACUCUCGAGUCCAUCAACCUGCUUAAAGAGAAAAAGUGCCCCUUCAUCGUAGCCCUCAACAAGAUUGACCGUCUCUAUGACUGGAAGAAGAGUCCAGAUACGGACGUGGUGGCCACUCUGAAAAAGCAGAAGAAGAACACAAAAGAUGAGUUUGAUGAACGAGCCAAGGCAGUCAUCGUGGAAUUCGCCCAGCAGGGUUUGAAUGCUGCUCUGUUUUUUGAGAAUAAGGACCCACGGACCUUUGUGUCCUUGGUGCCCACUUCAGCCCAUUCAGGCGACGGCAUGGGGAACCUGAUUGGCCUGUUGGUGGAGCUCACCCAAACCAUGCUGGCCCGCAGGCUGGCCCACUGCGACGAGCUCCGUGCACAGGUCAUGGAGGUGAAGGCUCUGCCUGGUAUGGGCACCACAAUAGACGUAAUCCUGAUCAACGGGCGUCUGCGUGAGGGUGAGACCAUCAUAGUUCCGGGUGUAGAGGGGCCCAUCGUCACUCAGAUCAGAGGACUGCUGCUACCCCCACCACUCAAAGAGCUUCGGGUCAAGAAUCAGUAUGAGAAGCAUAAGGAGGUGUGUACGUCUCAGGGAGUAAAGAUUCUGGGGAAGGAUCUGGAGAAGACUCUUGCAGGCCUGCCACUGCUGGUGGCCCAUAAAGAGGAUGAAAUCCCUGUACUGAGGGAUGAGCUGAUCCGGGAGCUGAAGCAGACGUUGAAUGCCAUAAAGCUGGAGGAGAAGGGUGUGUACGUGCAGGCUUCAACCCUGGGCUCUCUGGAAGCUCUGCUGGAGUUCUUACGCACUUCUAAAGUGCCGUAUUCUGGCAUUAAUAUCGGUCCUGUCCAUAAGAAAGAUGUCAUGAAGGCAUCUACAAUGCUGGAGCACGACCCACAGUAUGCUGUGAUUCUGGCAUUUGACGUGAAGAUAGAGAGAGACUCUCAGGAGAUGGCUGACAGUCUGGGUGUUCGGAUCUUCAGCGCUGAGAUCAUCUACCAUCUGUUCGAUGCCUUCACCAAAUACAGAGAAGACUACAAGAAACAGAAACAGGAUGAGUUCAAGCACAUAGCAGUGUUUCCCUGUAAGCUGCGUAUCCUGCCUCAGUUCAUCUUUAACUCCAGAGACCCCAUUGUUAUGGGCGUGACUGUGGAGGCUGGUGUACUGAAGACAGGCACCCCGCUAUGUGUGCCCAGCAAAGGGUUUGUAGACAUUGGCAUUGUGACCAGUAUCGAGGUGAACCACAAACCUGUGGACACUGCCAAAAAGGGCCAGGAGAUCUGCGUGAAAAUCGAGCCCAUUCCCGGAGAGUCGCCCAAGAUGUAUGGCCGUCAUUUUGAGGCUGUUGACAUUAUAGUUAGCAAGAUUACUCGUCAGUCCAUUGAUGCUCUAAAGAACUGGUUCCGAGACGAGAUGCAGAAGUCAGAUUGGCAGCUCAUCAUGGAGCUGAAGAAAACUUUUGAAAUCAUCUGAGAAGACAGUGACUUCUAAACUGACCUAUGAGCUGAGACGACCACACACCACACACACCCACACACACACACACACACCCACACACACACACACACACACACACCAUCCUAUGCGCACUCCUGAGUUCAUCUGUGGUCAAGGAGUCCUAAGUGUUGCUACUAGUUUCUUACAAAUGAUACGAACGUUUCUUUUUCCACAACCACAGAGGGGAUAAAGGUGGGUGUGUGCAAGGUCGAGCACAUGCUCGUCCCCCUUUCCCUUCCACCUCCCUGGGACUGGUGGAGAGCACAAAAAUGAAAAAAAAAAGAAAAAAGAGAAAAAGAUGAGUGUUUUUCUGUGAGAAACUGAACUAUUACCACUGUUUUAACAGUGACCUGUUAGACAAAAAAGGUUAGAGAAACAUUUACACACUAUUCCGAACGUGCCUGUUCUUUCUGAUCAAUCAAUUUCCUUCAUUUCUCAGCUGCUUCUUCAGAUGGACACCGUUGCUUACCCCCAGCUGGGGCUGCUUAGUGGUUCACCCACAAAUGCUAAUGUGGCUAAUAAUAAGUAAAAGAUCAGGAGUACCUGUUAGCUUGGUCUUGUUUGAAUAAUGGUAACCAGCUCCUGUUGACUAUAAUUAUUAGCACCAUUAACAAAAAGCUUAGGAGUAGUUCAUCCACAAAUGCUAAUGUGGCUAACAAUAUAUGAAGGUUAAUGGGAGCCAGUUAGCAUGGUCUUGCUUGGGAAAUGCUAACUGGCUCUUGACUAGAAUUAUUAGCAACGUUAGCUUGUCUGGGUGAAGGAUACCAUUGAUGGUUAUUUCCAGAUUCCCAGGAUCCAAUUUAGCCUGGUCUCCGGUAAAAGACAUUUAGGUGGUGAUCAGGAAA